AUGGAAACGAUGCGGAAGGAGAGGGAGAACCCGCUAUUCAAUGUGCACAAUAUGUCUGUUGCUGUGCACGGUGGCGAAAGCGCUCUUGCGCUUAAAGAACGUGUCCAGCUCGAGAUGGAGCGCGACCCUCGCUUCUUCAACGACGACAUUUACGAUUUGACAAAGGAACAAAUACGUGAGCGCACCUUUAUCAAGACUUCCACCAUCCUCGCUAACUUUGCGAACGAGAGCCUGGACGACUUUGUCGCGCGCCUGCAAGUCGUUGCUGUCGCCGACCCUGCCUUUUGGACGCGUUUUGGUGUGCAUCUUGGUCUCUUUACCAACGCUGUCCGGUCUGGCUCUACCUCGGGCCAGUUCGGCUACUGGGUGUCGAAGGGCAUGAUUAACUUGCGCAACUUUUACGGUUGCUUUGGUAUGACAGAGCUGGAGCACGGUAGCAACGUCGCUGGCCUGCAGACGACUGCGACCCUCGACGAGAACUCGGACGAGUUUGUCAUUCACACGCCCAACCUUGGUGCGACCAAGUGGUGGAUCGGUGGUGCCGCGCACUCUGCCACCCACUGCUCUGUCUUUGCCCAGCUCAUUGUCAAGGGCAAGUACUACGGCACCAAGACGUUUGUGGUUCCUCUGCGUAACCCUGAGACCUACGAUCUUCUCCCCGGUGUCACGAUCGGUGACAUUGGUAAGAAGAUGGGACGUGACGGUAUUGACAAUGGCUAUAUUCAAUUUACCAAUGUACGCAUUCCCCGCGCGUACAUGCUUAUGCGCUACACCCAAGUUACCCGUGACGGUCAAGUCUUUGAGCCACCGCUGCAGCAGCUUACCUACGCUGCACUGCUCAGCGGUCGUACCAACAUGGUGAGCGACGCUGGCAAUAUCGGUAAGAAGGCGACCACGAUUGCCAUUCGCUACGCUGCUGUCCGCCGGCAGUUCAAGUCCGAUCCCAACUGCAAGUAUGAGACGCAGCUGCUCGACUACCCGAUUCACCAGCGCCGUAUUUUGCCGCUCAUGGCCCAGUCUGUUGCGUUUGGCUUCACCAGUCUGGAGCUGACCAACAUGCUUAACGCGACCAACCAGGCGCUCGACGCACUGGAGCCUGGAGACCCCAAGCUCGAGGAGACGAUGGACAUGCUUAAGGCGACGCAUACCACCAGCUCUGGUCUCAAGGCCUUCUGCACCUGGGCGACGCUCGGCGCCAUUGAAGUCUGCCGUCAGAGCCUUGGCGGUCACGGCUACUCUGCUUACACGGGCCUUGCCUCGCUAUACAGUGACUUUGCCGUGCACUGCACCUGGGAGGGCGACAAUACCAUUCUUGCUCUCCAGGCCGGCCGUGCGCUUGUCACCUCGUAUCUUGAGUCUAAGGAAGGCAAGCACCAGGGCGAGGCACUCUGCUACCUGAACAAUCUCGAUGAGUGCCUGAACGACAAAUGCCAGAACGAGGAGCAGCUUCUGUCUCUCGAGGGCAUUGAGAAGGGCUGGCUCACUGCCACUGCCCACUUUGUGAAACUUGCCGCCACGGAGUACGAAAACCUUCUGAGCAAGGGCCUCAACCGGGAACAGGCAUACGAGCAAUGUUCUCAGCAGCGCUUUGCUGCCGCGAGUGUGCACACAGUCGGCUUCAUCUUCCGCCGCUUCUGCAGUGGGAUUCGCGCGAUGCCAGACAGCGAUGAUGGCGUGAAGAACUCACUCUCUCUUCUUGCCCAGCUCUACGGUCUCUGGCAAAUGGAGGAGAAGGGCGCCUUUUUCCUCCGCUCUGGCUGGCUCUCUCCCAACCUGUUUGACUAUGUUACCAAGCGCGUCACUGAGCUCUGCGGCGAAGUGCGCAAGUUUGCUGUGCCCAUGGUCGACUCGUUUGCCUUCUCCGACCAUAUCCUUAACUCGCCCAUGGGCCGCUACGACGGCAACAUUUACGAGUCGUACUUUGCACGCGUGCAGCGCAAUAACCCGUCCAACCUGCCGCACCCCUACUUUGAACGCUUGAUCAAGCCGCUGCUCUCGCGCAGCAUUCCCGACUCGGAGGAUGUGGAAGAGGCGAUUGGUCUCGACGAGGAGAUUGAAGAAAUCCACACUGAGCGUCGCGAGGCAGAGGAUGCGCAGAAGAAGGUGAUCAUGGGAAACGCGAGGUGCGAAGCACGCGCGGUACCAGAGCAAGGGCAGCUGCCGCUGCUCGUGGUGCUGGACCUGAACGGAACUCUGGUAUGCCGCAAAAAGAAGGGCGGGCGUGCCAUACCAAACGGCACCAUCGUGCCGCGCCCCUACCUGCAAUGUUUUUUUGAGUACUGCUUUGGCCCUCUUUUUUGCGCCACGUCGAAGCAGAGGCAAAAAUUGUGGGACAAGCGCGACCAGAUCCGCGUGCCGAUCGGUGCAGCGCCGUCCGGGACGCACUUCUGGCUCCGCCAACGCUCCAACCAUGGCUCGCACUGCGUGGUGAAUCCACCCGCGACACCGGUUGCGCUCAUGAUUUGGUCCAGCGCGACAGGCCUAAACGUGGAGAGAAUGGUAGAGCGGUGCGUGAGCCGAACAUUGCAGCGUGCCUUGUUCCAGCGCAUAUGGUCGAGAGAGACGCUCGUGCUGGACAAGAACAUGUCAAGAAAGACGGAUACCAUCAAGGAUCUCACGGUGGUAUGGGACGAACUAAAUUCAUGGAACACGUACCUCACACACAGGGAGACGGAGCACGACCUACCACAGUUUGUUCCGCGUGCAUUGGCGAGCGCGCGGCUGCGUCGGUACAUGCUGCUCGAGCCCGAGUCGCAGUCAUCGCUCAGCGACACCGAGAAAUUUAUAGCCGAGUCUAUACACAGAGCAGAGGCUGGAGCGGAGAGCGUGUACGGCCCCGUUGUACUGACGCCUUGGGGUCCGCACAAUACACUGCUUGUGGACGACAGCUGGCUAAAAGCGCGGAGCCAGCCGUUGAAUCAUAUGUGUAUUCCCAACUAUAGCGAGGAGGAUGCAUCACUGUACUUCGACUACCUGCAAAAAGGAGAACAAGGAAGCGCAGACCCAGGCCUCGACUGCUGUCUUUUGCAGCUCGUGGGAAUGCUCGAGGCGCUGCAAACGGUGCCGGACGUGCGCGACCUAAUAUCAACGCCGCGCUUUUCCUUUACAGACAGCAACGAAGAUUGGAAGAAAAACGGCAUUGCUGCGCUUCAAAAACGUGGGAUAUCUAUCGUGCUUUAA